GACCGAUUUUGUAGCCGUCUUCUAUGUGAUGUUGCUCUGGGAGGUUUGGCUUACAUGUUGUUUUCUGCUUCCUGAAUGAGCCAUAAACAAAGUGGAAGUUUGAUGUUUCACCAAAAUGUUUUCCAAUUCAUCUUCCUCAUCUGCAACAGCAAAACUCCCCUCCGCUGAUGCAUUUCAAAUUCACAAUAUCUGCUGUUUACUAACCAGAAGGUCGCAGGGAUUUCACAUGAAAGAUGCUGGUGUUCUUUACAGGAAAAACAUGGGAAUCCUGAGGAAGCUAGUAUGCCAGGAAAGUACAACAUUCAAGAAUGUUUGGACAACACAUUCUACAUCUCCAAUUGCUUAUCAAAGUGGAAAGAUUUAUUUUGACAAUUAUCGAUGCUGCGUGAGUAGCGUCACGCCCGAGCCCAGGAUAAUUUAUCAAAUGCCAGCGUGCCCUAAAACGGAAAAAAUAGAGGAUGCUUUAUUAUUGGAAUGCCCAGUGGGGGAAGUGCUACCCAGUCCAUCAGACUACAAACCUUCCCUGGCAGUUCUGACAGCUCACAACUGGCUUUUUCGUCUCUGCGCAAGUACGGGAGAAAUACUUGAAAAAGUAUAUCUUGCUUCUCACUGCAAAUUCAGAUAUCUGAGCUGGGACACUCCUCAAGAAGUCAUGACCGUAAAGUCAGCUCAGCAUAAGCUCCCAGCAGCUGCACAGCAGAGUCAUGUCCAGCAGUCUGUGCUUUUCUUUCUUGCUGUAUUCAGAGUCCUGCCGCUUUCGUUUAUCGGAAUGCUGGAACUUGACAAAAAAGUCUUUGGGAACAGCAUGACAGAUGCUGCAGUGUCUCAUACAAUGCUGAUUGUGACACAUAGUACAGGGCGUUUCAGGCUGUAUAGCUUCCAGGCUAUCUCUGAACAGUUCAUGGAGCAGCAGGUGGAUUUGGGACAUGAAUACACCUCGAGUGGCAGAGUUGGGAUUGUGGGGAAAUACCCUUUUGGCAUUCCAUGUAACAUUAAAAUAACAGAAACUCCAGAUCUGCUUUUUGAAGUGUCUUCCCUGGACAGCACGUUUCAAGUUGGGGGAUUCCCUUGGCAUUACAUCACUACACCUAACAAGAAAAGUCAAAAAGGAACCUUCCAUGUUUGUUCUUUGAAGGACCACACUUUGGCAAAAAAUGGCAUACAGGAUAUGAAAUGUUGCUCAUUGGAACCUGACUGGAUAUUUUUCCACCCAGACAGUUCUGGAAGGAUGGUACACGUGGGGCCCAAUUUGAUUAAAGUUUUGAAGCUGAAGGAAACUGAAAAUAAUGCAGACCAGCAGGAGGUUACCGAAGACUUUAUCAUAGAGGUCAACAGGGAAAAUAAUGUUAACAACUCUAUAACGGUAACAGCCUCGGGCCGAGUGGUGAAGAAGCGUUUUAAUGCCUUGGAUGAUGACCCCGAACAAGAGACAUUCAAAAUUGUCGACUAUGAAGAUGAACUGAAUUUACUAUCUGUUGUGGCAGUUACUCAGAUAGGCGCUGACGGGACGGCGCAUCUUGACUUUCACUGUAAUGAGCACGGGGUGCAGCUGAAGAGCAUCCCUUUGGUGGAAUCUUGGGAUGUGACGUACAGCCACGAAGUUUACUUUGAUCGAAAUGUUGUGUUGCACAUAGAACAGAAGCCCAACAGGAUCUUCAGCUGUUAUGUGUACCAGAUGGUCUGCAAUAGUUCAAAGGAAGACAGAAACAUAAAGAAGAAGAAAGGGGAGCGACGGUUUUGUACAAAACUGGGGAGAACAUUUGAGUAUUUUUAGAAUCCCAGUUGUUUUAUAGGCUGUGCUGUGGACUACAACCAAAGCCUUGUAAGCCUGGUGGAGCUAGUUAAUAACCAUGAUUUAACUUCAUCCGUGGAAACUUAAAAUGAAUAAUGCAUUGCAAUAUUUAUUUAUUUUUCAUUCUCUUACACGUACGUUGUAGUUGCAUUUGUUACCUGUGUUUUCAGGAGGAGAGGAAGCUCUCCGUUUUGGUCAAGAAAAGGAUCCCUCUUGUCAGGUCACAGGUUCUGUUGCUUGGAAGAGUAUGUAAACUUUCAGUAAUAGAAAAUUAUAUUUAUUUAUGCAUUCUAUUUUCUUUAAGCAAGGAAAGUUGCUUUAAGAAACUUUCCCCAAAGGAAAGUUAAACCACUUUCAGAUUCCAUCAAACAACUCUGUGUAGGGCAAAGUCAUUUUUAAUAGUAUCUAACAGAGAUGAGAUGAGCAUGCUGAAUCAUUGCAGUUAUAUAGUGGCCUAAACAGACACUACAUUUUGCCCUGCCAGCUAGGGACAUACAUGUACAAAUGCUGGCUGACAUGGUCAUACUUAUUUUAAUGGGGCAUGAGAGAAGAGACGGGGACUGUUCUCCGCUCUUCCCUAAAUCAACUGACAGACAUACAGUCUGUAAUCUGAGUGAGACUGCUGGAUGGACCUGUUUGUGAUAGUAACAGUGGCCCUGUUCAGAGGACACCUUAAACCAUGGCUUUAAACAUAGUGGUUAAGCUAGAAAGCCAGGCC